AUGGUCACCAAGGCGGUUUUCCUUCUUGCACUAUUUGGAGUUGCAUCUUCCAAACUCCCACACAGACGGAGGUGUGACCCGGAGCAAAGACGAGAGACGCCAACUCUUUGCUCAAAUUACAAAAACAUUUUACACCUGGAUGAUAUCCAGACAAAUCUCGAAGAGAAACAAAUGCUGCUGCAACAAAGGAUGGACGCUAUGGAAGGUAAGACCAGACUGCAGUUCGAGUCGUCAAACGGCAACAUCAGCGCACUUCAGAGAUUAGUGACAAACCUUUCAAGUGCACUAAAGGAACUUGAAAGGAUGAAGUCACAAACUGAGAUGGAAUUCAGAGACGCAAAGACACAGCGGGAGAGACACGAAGUUGACAUUGGCAGCCUGAAGAGAAAAGUUGGAGAACUGGUCGAACACAGGGAAAGAGUAGGGAGAAACUUCAGUGAGAUUGAGGAGAGACUCGAUACAACCGAGAGGCAGUUAAGAGAGGAAAAAGCCAAGCUCGGAAAUCUGGAGACUGAAACUGUGGCUGCGUUUAGUGACACACAGAGACUCCUGAAUCUAUAUAAGGAUGAACUUUCCUACCUUAACUCGACGGAGAAGGAGCUUGAAGUCAAAGUCGAAGCCCGACUGGAUGCCACGGAGAUGCGACUUGAAGCUAAAGUGAAGAAAAUACAAAACAACAGUGAAGCUUUCAGCGCUAAACUGAAUGAAGAAAAAGCUGCAGUUGAUGGGUUUAAGGAUGAAACGGACAGCAAAUUCAGGAAUGUUGACGGACAGCUGAAAACACAAAAAGCUACAGUGGACCAGCAGAAUGCUGACAUCGACGCUCUCAAGAGCGACACUGCAGGAAUAAAACACAGACUGGGGUCAACUGAAGAAAAGGUUGCUGAACAAAUUAAACUCAAAUUGGAGGUGAACAGCCUUAAAACAUAUGUCAACGCCAAGGUGGCAUUUUCUGCAACUAUAAUCGAAUCUCACGAUGUGGUCACUGGACCCAUCACUGGCAACACCAGCAUUAUUCUGAUCUUUAACAGAGUCUUCACAAACAUUGGUAACGCUUACAACAGUAAAACAGGGAUUUUCACCGCUCCACUGAAAGGGGUUUACCACUUUUCAUUCAUGACUUUUGGCUACAACAGCCACACUUCAGGAGCCAUCCUGGUGAAGAACGGGCAUUACCAAGUGAGCACCUGGGAGUUCACAGGACCAGAUACCAGCGACACCACCAGCAACACGGUCAUCCUUGAACUGAAUGUCAGAGAGACGGUCAACAUCAUCCUGUGGGACGGUGGAAAAAUACAUACAAGUGUCUUCAGUGGGUUCCUCGUCUUCCCAACGUCGUAGAUGUUUGGGGGCUAAGAAUGUGAACAA